AUGAAUCUAUUAACGUGUACUAUCAUUUUUAUUUGUAUUGGUUUCAUUUUUGGAGAAAAAGAAACCGAUGCUAAUGAUAAAAUCAUCACUGAGACCGAAACUAAUGGAAAAUGUGAAGAUAAAUGGAAAGAUUGCAGUCAGGUGAUGCUAUACGGUGAUUGCUUUCGAUUUCCGCAUUAUGCAGUGAGAUCCUGCGCUAAAUCUUGCAAAAAAUGCAAAUAA